AUGGAGGCAACCGAUGCGAGUCGACUGGUGUGUGUCGUGGACGUUUCGUAUCAAUGGGUGGCGCCUCACCACCCCAGCCGCAGCUCAAUCUACGAGGAGGCUCUCUGCACGUACGUGGUCGGGCUCGCCACGGUGGAGACCUUUCGCCAACUCAAGCAGUACGCAGAGGAGGGUUACCCGCUAAAAUCGUACGUCGAGGGCGGAACGGGGCUCAUCGAGGGCGAGUGGCACCUGCGAGACCUCGAGGCGCCCGAGGGGGAGGCGCUGGGCACCGGCUGGUACGAGGAGUUUCUGAAGUGGAGGCAUAUCCACCGGCGCGACCAACUCUCCUUCAACUAUGUCGCGUGGAAGCUGGGGACGAGUGCGCUGCGCGGCUUCAAGUAUGUCUCCACCAAGUUGGCGGGCGCGGCUUGCGGCGCCCUCGGCGAGGCCGACGUCGCCACCCUCCGCUCCACGCUCGAUGUUGGCGCCGCGCGUGGGGCAGUCAUGCAGCAGGAGGCUGCGCUGGCUGCGCUCACGGCCGAGGUGACGGCAAUGCGCGCAGAGCAGGCGAGCAGCGUUGCCGAGCUGGAGCGGCAGCUGCAGCGCGUCGUCGCUGAGAAGGCCGCCUCCUCCAUUCUCGAGGCGCGAACCGCGCUGCUGUCUUACUGCGGCAUGCAAACGCCCGCUCCGCUCUGCGAGGCUGAGGCUGCUGCCGCGCUGGAGGUAGCACGCGCAGCGGGCGGGCGCCUCGAGGCCGCAAUCAAGAGCCUCGAGGCGCUGGCGAAGAGCAGGCUGCUCGAGCUCCAGCACAUCCACCGGCUCGCAAGCGCGCGCGCGGCCAGCGUUGGUACCGCCCUCGGCGAAGAGGAGUCGGACGUGCUCCUCCUUGAGCUCGCGCGUUCGCCGCCGUGGCUUCGUAGCGACCUCCUCACCAUGCUGUGCGAGCGGGCGGUCCGGCCGUCGCCAACGAUCCCGACGGGCAAGGUCAGCUUGCUCGCAGAUGCGCUGCUGCUACAGGAGCACUCGGUGCCCGACGCUCUGCUCGUUGGCACUCUGCUGAAGAGCGUCGAGCUGGCGGCCGGCGCAGAGCGCCAGGCUGCGCUCGCCCGGCUCUGUCGGCUACAAGGUGCUCGGUGGGAGCACGCCGAGUCGGCACUGCGCGGCAUGGUGGAUACGUUGGAGGUCCAAGACCUGGACACGCUCGCGGCCGCCACCGCCGCGCAAGGGAAGCCCAACUCCCUCUCGCUCCCAAUCGCCACGGCACGGCUGGGCCGCUGUAGUGUUGAGGCCGCCGGACUGACGGCGCAGCGUCUUGGCGGUGUGGUGAGCUUCGCCUUCCGGGCAGCCGCAGAGAGUGCGGUCGAAGGGGUAGUCGUCGCGAUGGUGGACAAGGCGCUCCUUUGCCUCGCGUCCAUCUCGCAGCUUCCGCACAACGCGAUCCCGAAGGCGCAGAACAGCGUUGAGGCGCUGCGCAACGCGGCCUUCAAGAGCGUCGAGGAGUGGAGCACGUCGCUUGCGCCACUUCUCGCGGCCUUUUGGGACGCGGCCAAGGCGGAGCUCGCCCGCCACCCGGUGCAGCGACUGCGGCUGCUGGAGCGCGUGAAUGCUGUGGGCGACACAGCCGCGGGCAGGGCGCUGACGCACGUGCAUGCGGCGUGGACGAGCGCUGAGAUGCAGCGCACGAUUGGCGAAAACUCCCGCUGCCCCGCCCACAACAGCACCGCCUGGCCUCUGAGCAGCAAGAGCCCGUGCUCCGUCUGCGCAAGGCCCGGCGGCGACUUUGUUUACAGCGUCGCGAAGGCGCUGGGCUUGGCUCUGGCGGCUGGCGAGGACGGGGCUGCCGUCAAGGAGAUGGCCUUGGGGAUCUGCAAGCGCUUCUGCAAGCCGUCGCUGCGCCCCGCGCUCAAGCAGGUCGUCGGCGAGCGGCUCCCGAACGGCACCCACCCCGCGCUGCCACCGGGGUCAGCCCCUCCCCAACUGCCGCGCUUCUGCCUGACGGCCGAGCCGCUCGACGUGCAGCGCUUCACGCGCUGGGCCAACGCCAAAGGCGACGGCGCCGCCACCGCCGCCCUGCUCCACCCUGUCCCCGACGGCGAGCCCUCGCUGCCUCCCCCGCCGGACGGAGCGAAGGCGAUGGGUGCGUGGGUCGAGGCGCGCUUGGCUCCACUCCUGCCGGCCCACGUGGCUGCCGCGGCAGCCAAGGCUUGCGAGGAGGAAGAGCUCGACCGCGGGGUGCUCUGCAGCCUGAGCGAGACCGAGCUGCGCGAACUGCUCCUCGGCCGAUCGGGAGGGGCCGACGCGGAGGACGGCGCGCUCGACGCCUCCUUCCUCGCGGCGCGAGGGCUCUGGCUCGCCCUGCGACGUAUGUCGGUCGAGCUUCGCGAUGGCCACGCCGCGCGGCCGCCCUCGUUUGCCGAGACUGCAGCCUGGCUCGCGGACGCUUGCGAUGGCGCGGUGACGCCGAGCGCCGAGCAGCUGCAGCGGCUUGGCGUCGACGGCGCGCUGCUGUGCUCCCUCUCGCCCGAUGAGUGGCGCCGGCUCGCGCCGCGGCUGGCGGAGCCGCCGCCCGCCAGCCACACCAUCGAGCAGGUGUGGUCACGGCUUGCACCAGCCUGCGCCGCCGCGGCCCUCUCGCCGUCGCGUUGCCUCGAGAUGCUUCCAGCCCGGCCAGCGCGUCCGUUCACCAUCUGCGUGGUCGGUGACACGGGCGCGGGCAAGAGCACCCUCCUCAAUAGCCUGCUUGGCACCGACCAGCUGCUGCCGACCAACGCCAUGCGCGCGUGCACGGCUGCGGUGGUGGAGGUGCUCUGGAGCGGCGAGCGGCUCUUCGAGGCGGCCGUGCGGCUGGUGAGCGCCGACGAGUGGGCGGCUGUCAUUGACGACGCGCGGCUCUGUGUGAAGGCUGCCGCUGCCGAGGGGCGGCGACCCUGCGAGGGCGAUGCGGGGCACGGCGCGCUGGUCCGCGUCCGAUCCUUCUACGGCGCUGAAAUCGACGUGCAUGGCGACCUCGCUGCCGAUCCCCGGCUGAAGGACUUGGGUCGCAGCGUAGUGAUGCACGCGGAGAGCGCGAGCGACGCGGCCGCCCAGGUGCGGCCCUUCGUCGACUCACCGGAGGACGGCGACGGGGCAGCAUGGUGGCCGCUGGUUGAGCGCGUGUCAUUGCGGGGCCCGUUCGCGCCCUUGAGCAGCGGCGUGCGCGUCAUCGACGCGCCUGGCCUACACGACGAGAACGAGGCUCGCAACGCCGCCGUGAAGAGCGUCAUCGCCGAAGCGGAUGCUGUCUGGCUUGUGUCGCCGAUUCGACGCACGUGCAACGACAAGACCGUCAGCCAGAUCCUGUCGACGCCGUUGCGCGACGCGCUCAUGACCGGCGAGAAUGGCGGUUUCCUCGGCGCGCUGUGCGUGGUCGCGAGCCAGGCGGAUCUUAUCUCGCCGUCCGAGGUCGCGGGCAACCUCGGGCUGCCGGAGGACGCGAGCGCGCGAACUUGCGCUCAGGCCCGGAAUAAGUACACCAAGGCGCAGCUCUCGGCGAGCUGGUGCCGCGACCUCCGCCCGUCCGAUCUGCCCCUGCACCGGCCGCUCGCCCCUUGUUGGGAGGCCGCGCGCAUGGACCUUCCCGUAUUUACGGUCUCAUCGCUCGACUAUCAGAAGCUGACUGGCGUGCGCGACGCUGACGGUGGCGCGCUGCUCUUCAAUUGCGCAGUCGAGACCGAGCUGCCGGCGCUGCGCCACUUUCUGCAGUAUUCGGCGGCGGCGCACCACAGGCGCAGCGGCACCGCCCGCGCGACCGUCGGGGCAAUGAUCCUCGACUGUCUCGAACACGGGAGCCCGGCCAAGGCAGCGCAGGCCCGAGCAAAGGCGGCGGCCGAGGCGGCGGAGCGCGCAGCCGAGGCGGAGCAGGCGUUGCAAGCAGAGCGGGCGGCGGACGAGGCGAGGCAGGAGGCCCAGCGAGCCGCGGCGAGCGCACCGGGCGACGGCGUUGUCGCGGUGGCACCGGUGCAGCAGAAGGCAACAUUGGUCCCGCAGCAGGCACCGUCGCAGCAGAAGGCGGUGUCCGCGGCGGCGGCGCCGCCGCCUCCCCUGCAGCAACAGCAGGCUGCGGGGCAGAGCCGCAAGCGGGGGCGGGCCAAGGCGCCGGCGGCAGAGAGCGAGGUGGAUUCCUCGAGCGCCGAGGAGAGCGGCGCCGAGAGCGACGACGCGGGCGCCGUUGGCAACGGGCCUGUCGAUGGCGAGGACGUGUACGAGGUCGACCGCAUCCUCGAUCGGCGCCGCCGCUUCUACAAGAUCCGCUGGAAGGGUUUUGGCGCCGCGGACGACACGUGGGAGCCGCGUGAGAACAUCGCGCCGAAGUUGGUGCGCGCCUUCCUCCUCAGCCGCGGCUUUGCAGAUGGCGAGGAGCCCUCCGACGAGGAGGACGAGAGCGAGGACGAGGGCGACGACGGGCCGGACGAGGUGGAGGUGGAGGUGCAGCAGGACUCGGAUGCGGAGCGGGAGACGUCGCAGGAGGCUGCCGACGACCCGCCGGACUUUAUCGCCACGCCGUUUAUGCUCGAGCUCGAUGCGCGCGAGCGAGAGGCGUGCCCACCGCUGCCGUCUCGGAGCGACACGAUGGUGGGCGACAAGCGCGCGCUAGGUGGGCCCGAGGCUUUCCCGGGCGGGGCGAAGCGACUGGCGCUCGACUCGCCUGCCGCUGCGCCUUAA